UGUGGAUUAAUCCCAAAAUGUCCAGCAAUUACAGACUACUGGUGAAGAAUGCCAAGCAGGUGGUUCUUAUCUGCAACAAUGGGGAAAAGUACCUGACAAAGAAUGGGAUGCAAAACCUUUGUGUGAUUGAAAAUGGCAGCAUUGUCAUUGGAAGUGAUGGGCUGAUCAAAGCUGUUGGGCCUGCAGACACCAUCAAGACCCAGUAUUCAGAAGCGUCUUUUGAUGAAGUGAUCGAUGCCGCAGGGAUGUGUGUUGUGCCUGGGCUGGUUGAUGCACAUACCCAUCCAGUUUGGGCCGGUGACAGGGUGCAUGAAUUUGCCAUGAAGCUGGCGGGUGCCACCUACAUGGAUGUGCAUCGGGCCGGUGGAGGGAUCCACUUCACUGUGGAGCACACUCGGGCGGCACCAACCUCCCAGCUGCUGGUCUCCCUGACCAACAGGCUGGCUCGGAUGCAGCGGGCCGGCACCACCACGGUGGAGUGUAAGAGCGGCUACGGCCUGGAGCUGCAGACCGAGAUCAAGAUGCUGGAGGUGAUAGAGGCGGCCAGACGCACCCUGCCCAUCAACAUCUCCUCAACGUACUGCGGAGCCCAUGCAGUGCCCAAAGGUAAAACAGCGGCAGAGGCCACAGAGGACGUACUGAAGGUGCAGCUGCCACGGCUCAGACAGCUGAUGUCCGCUGGCACUUUGAGGGUGGACAACAUUGAUGUAUUCUGUGAGAAAGGAGUGUUUGACCUGGGCUGUACACGCUCCAUCCUGCAGGCCGGCAGAGACAUGGGUCUCAACAUCAAUUUCCAUGGAGACGAGCUCCAUCCCAUGAACUCUGCUCAGUUGGGGGCAGAGCUCGGAGCCUUAGCCAUCAGUCACCUGGAGGAGGUCACAGAUGAGGGCAUCGCUGCCAUGGCAGCCGCAAAAACUGCUGCUGUCCUUCUGCCGACUACAGCCUAUAUUCUACGGCUGCCCCAGCCUCGGGCCAGGGACAUGUUGGAGGCUGGAGUAAUUGUGGCCCUAGGGAGUGACUUCAACCCUAACGCCUACUGCUGCUCCAUGCCAAUGGUCAUGCACCUGGCCUGUGUCAACAUGAGGAUGUCCAUGCCUGAGGCUCUGGCUGCGGCCACCAUCAACGCGGCCUAUGCCCUCGGGCGCUCCCACACACAUGGCUCCCUGGAGGUGAACAAACAUGGAGAUCUGCUGGUCCUUAACACCUCAAGAUGGGAACAUCUGAUCUACCAACUGGGAGGACACCAGGAGCUCAUCCGUUACGUUGUCAUCAAAGGCAAUAUUGUUUAUGACAACGACAAAACCAUGGACUUCUAACCAGAGAAAAGAAACUCCCUGCUCUCUGCAGCCAACUUCAUGAUUAGUGAACAUGUGAACAGCUCAGUCAGCCAUGGAUUCAGAGUAGUUAGAGUCGCUUAUCAGUCAAGUUUUUUGGAGAUGUGAAGUUAAUAUUAACCUGCAAAAUCAGCUGCCCAGUUGAGGUCACUGGAACAGGAUUAUGUGCAACUGCAGGCUCAUGAAUCAAUAAUGUAACAGUAUGCUCCAGAAACCUUUUUUUGGAGAUGAAUAUGUAACUUGUUUAUAAGUUGUUUGCAACAUUGCAGUAUACAUUUGUCUCAGGAUUAGUUUCCAACCAUUCUCUCCUGUAAUGUCCUGUCUGUCUUUCUUCUCCACUCAACAGAACUUGCCCUCUCCAUGCCCUCUCCUUCAAUUGGUCAAUAAAGCUCAUUAUAGGUCAACUUUUCAGUUACUGAAUGAACACUGUAAGCAGAGGAAUUUCAUUAUCUCCUCAGAAACAGGUGGAAUGUUUGCCUUCUCAAGGAAUCAAAGAGUUUUUUGAUUGGACUGAUUUGACCUAUGUUUCAUUGUGCAGGGA